ACUCCACGCCAGCAGGCGGCAGCAGAGCACCAGGGAGCGCAGACGCGGCGCUCAGGCUGUCGUCGGUUCCUGGAAGAAGCUGCCUUCAGAUUCCAGCAGCUCAGAAUCCGGGAAGAUGGCUCACGAAGCUCCGUUCCAGCUGCUCCACAGCGAGCUCAUCCACUACAUCUGCAAGUCAGCCGACAGCACAGACUCGGAAAAUGGAAGAAGUGUCACCAAACUGGAAAAUAUGGGUUUCAGAGUCGGCCAAGGGCUGAUCGAGAGGUUAACGAAGGACACGGCGCGCUUCAAAGACGAGCUGGACGUCAUGAAGUUCAUCUGCAAAGACUUCUGGACCUGCGUCUUCAAGAAGCAGAUAGACAACCUGCGAACUAAUCACCAGGGCAUUUAUGUUCUUCAGGAUAACAAGUUCCUGCUGUUGUGUCAUCUGUCGGCUGGAAAACAAUACCUGGAACACGCUCCAAAGUACCUGGCCUUCACCUGCGGCCUCGUCAGAGGAGCUCUGUCCAACAUGGGGGUGAAGAGCAUCGUGACAGCCGAAGUGUCCGUCAUGCCAGCAUGUAAAUUUCAAGUCAUGAUCCAAAAAGUGUAGAAGUUUCCAGGAUUCUUCAUCAUCAGGAGAACGUCUGUGUCCAGCAGGGCGGGGGGGUAGGUUAUUGGUGCACAGAAUGGUUUCACAGGUGGAAACAAACAGAUGGUGGUGAUUCAGUGUCAAUGAAAAACUGCUCUCUGGUGGUAACAAGUCAGAGUGCUAUCAGGGUUACAGUUUUUAAGCCCUUAAAUCUGUAAAUAUUCUCAUCUGUUUUUAAAAAACAAGAUUUAUAAACAAGGAAUGAGCUAGGGAUGUGAAAUAAGGUCGAGGAGUCCUUGAACAUUGAAGAAGUGAUUGUUGUUGGUGAGAAGCACUGUAGUCGGGUACAUUAAAGUUCAUUUUUGCAGUUACUUUAGAAAAAAUGACUUAAAUGAGGAUCUGUGCGUCGUCCUUUAUUUUUGCUUGUGCUGCUUGCAGUCCUGCAGCAGACCAAGAAUUCUGCUCAUAACCUUCAUCCUGCCGCUGAACUGGUCAGUGGACGAGGUUUAUUCCAGGUUGGGAUUCCUUUUUGUAGCAAUUUCACUUUAUUCCUCCAGUUUGGAUCCACAAUAUAAAAAUCCCCAUCAGUGUGACAUAAUCUGUCUUUUGUGACAGUGUGACUGUAUUAUUUCACAUGACGGCUCGAGAUUCCUGUGACCUUAUUAAAUGAUGAAUAAAAAGCUUUUGAAGAAA